GCGCCUCCUACCUUCACGAAAUAUGAUGUCCAGGGUGGUUCAUGGCAUUGUUUCAAAUAUGCGGUCAAUACUUCCGAGGCUCGAGGCUUCAGUAAAAGGCGGCCUCCUGGCGGUUAGAAGUACUAGCAAGAGCACCGAUCUGACGGAGCACUUUACGCUGGACGACAAGGUGGCCAACGAGGAGCUCCUGCAGUAUGAAGAGGGCUCAAAGGAGCGUUUGGAACUUGAGACCGCCCUGCUGGGAGUCCUCAAUAAAGUGGAACACGUUCCGAUCGUUAUUAACGGUCAGGAGUUUCAGGCCAACGAGGAACUGCAGCAGGUGCUGCCCUACGAUAUCCAGAAGCCCAUAGCCCACUACGGCCACGCCCACCGCGUUCUCAUCCAAAUGGCCAUCGAUAAGAGCCUGGAGGCUCAGGUGCAGUGGGACAAGACGAGACUCAGCGAAAGGAUUGAUAUUUGGGAAAGGGCCGCCGAUCUGAUAGCCGGAAGAUACCGCUACAACAUCAUUGCGGCCACGAUGUUGGGCCAGGGAAAAACGCUGCGCCAGGCUGAGAUGGAUGUGGCCGAAUUGGUGGACUUUAUGCGAAUUAACCCGGUAUUCCUGCGCGAAUUGGCCAACUAUGAACCUGUCAACGAUACCCUACGGGAGUGCAGGAAUUCCAUGAGGCUGAGAGGACUGUCGGGAUUUGUGGCCGCCAUCAGUCCGUUCAACUUCACGGGUAUCGCCGGCAAUCUGGCCUACACGCCCGCCCUGAUGGGCAACUCGGUGCUCUGGAAGCCCUCCGAUUCGGCCAUUCUCUCCAACUAUUUCGUCUUCAAGGCCAUGAGGGAGGCGGGCGUGCCCAAGGGGGUGGUGAACUUUGUGCCCGCCGAGGAGACGACCUUCGCCGCCGCAGUGACGCAGCAUCCGAAGUUGGCUGGGAUUAAUUUCACUGGCACCUCGACGGUUCUGAAAGUGCUCUGGCAACUGGUGGCCCAGAAUAUCCAUUACUACGAGAACUAUCCCCGUUUGGUGGGCGAGGGUGGUGGCAAGAACUUCCACUUCGUUCAUCCCUCGGCGGAACCCGAGACGGCGGUGGCCUGCACCAUUCGAGCGGCCUUCGAGUACUCCGGCCAGAAGUGCUCCUCCUGCUCGAUGCUGUAUGUCCCGCAAUCGCUGUGGGAGAACCACAUUCGGGAGCCCCUCCUGAGGGUCACCGGUUCCCUGGUCACCGGACAAGCCACCUACUGCGACACUUUCUGCUCGGCGGUUAUCAAUCGACGGGCGUAUGAUCGCAUCUACAUGUGGCUAAGAUAUAUCGCCCAGAGUCCCAGUUGUCGGGUCUUGAUCGGCGGAAACUGUGACAAGCGAGUCGGUUACUACGUGGAUCCCACGGUUGUGCAGGUCAGAGAUCUGGAUAAUAUUAUAUGUCGUGAGGAGCUGUUGGCGCCCAUUCUCGGUGUCUACGUUUAUCCGGAUGCGGAGCUCCAGAAGACCAUGGCCAAGGUGGUCGAGAUAAAUCAUGGACUAAUAGGAUCGGUGUUCGCCAGGGAUCAGAGAUUCAUUGAGGAGGCCUACGAGGCCUUCAGAUUCAAUGUGGGCAGCCUCAAUGUGAAUGACAAGUCCACGGGUUCGAUGGUGGGAAAGCAGCCUUUCGGAGCGGGUCACAUGACAGGUACCAGCGAUAAGUUGGGCUCCCCUCACUCCCUGCUGCGUUGGACCUCGCCGCAGGUGAUAAAGGAAUCCUACAAGCCACAUAUGAACAUCUAUUAUCCGUAUAUGGAAGUCAGCGAGGUAAGGCAAGGUGUCGUUCACAUGAAGAACGAGCAAAACGAGGUGAUUUCCGAGGAUAGAAGCUCCUUUGAGGAUCCCGAUAAAGAGGACAAUCGUCUGAUAUAACAUUCAUUAACAGCCAUUCAUAAUCAAAUUUCUGUGCAAUAAAUAAAA